AUGAAUCCCAAAGUGCAAACAUCCAACUGGAAUGAGCUCCAUAUUAGAUACUCCGAUGGGUCUGCAGAUGUUCUUGGUGCAAGUGCAAAAGAAUGGACACAUCAGUUCUUCAAGGUGGGUCUACAUGAGAUGGUUGUCACGGCAACAGACCAGCUGGGAACCUCCCUAGAGGUCACAACCUCCAGCAUCUUUGUACAGGAACCUAUCACAGGGCUCAGAAUUGCUGGACCAAGCAGGGUUACCUACCAAAGGAGUGCAGAGUACGGGCGGACUCAGGGCUGGCGUGCGGAGGUCCAGACUGGUACAAAUGUCCUCUAUAACUGGACAUUCUGUAACAACAGCCUCCUGGCUCCAACUGAUAUUUAUGAAGUCGACGUGCCAGUGCCAGGUGUAUACAAAUUGACUGUGUCUGCCUUCAACGAUGUGACCCCCACACCUUUGACUGCCGAGCUGAUCGUCACCAUGGGCAACUGGACAGGAAAGGACUUCGCCCAUCAUGUUGACCUACGUAUCAUUGGGGGCCUUGUUGAUGAACCAACACAUUUUCGGAUCAACAUUACUGGCGGGAAUUUCACGCAGAUUGCCGUCAAUUUUGGUGAUGGCAGCAAUGAACUGUUGCUCACAGCAACCCUAGUUGUUGAUCAGAUUGUGUUUUUCAAUCAUACCUAUAGGGAGAUGGAAAGUUUCAAUGUGACAGUCAAUGUGUCAACCAGUCAGUCUUGUAUUAUUGUUACUGAAGUGUUCAAUCCGAUUUUGUCUGUGACCUUGAAAGCAAGGUCACCGAAAAUCUUGAAGACGCCCAGUCAAGCUGUUGUCAUGGCAAGUGUUGAAGGCGGUCCGGAUGAUGUCGGCUUUGUUUGGAACUUCUCUGAUCUAAUUGGAGACACCAUAGUGAAACACUACCUGAAUCAAACCAGCGUAGCUAGGCACCCCUUCAGCAUGUCUGGAGACUACAGCGUCACCCUGAACGUUACUGGGAAACACUACCCUCCUCCGGGAAUCUAUCGGGCGCUCGACUGGAAGUUCCUGGUCGUCGAUGCCAUUGAUCUACUUAAACUGUACUCUGACCUUAACGCCUCUGCACUAGUUGGAAAUUCCUCGACUCCUGUGACACUAGAGGCCAAGUCUUCGGGUUCUCAUGUACGCUAUGUAUUUGAUUAUGGAGACGGACACACUAAGGAAGUGGCGGGUGAACAAGCCUCCCACAUGAACGUUGGGGUGACUAUGUUUGCAAAGGCCACACAUGUCUACUCUGCAGUUGGAGAGUACACAGUCUCUGUGACUGCCUAUAAUCCCUUGGCAACCGUACUGCUGAGCUGUCAAGGUCGUUCUGGGUUCAAAAGGCCGCCUGUUGACCUUCACAUCUGUAACCUUGACGACACCAGGAACAGCAGGCUUGCUUUCUCCCUGCUGCCCCUUCAAGUCGAUUUCGAACUCAGUAGCAUGCACGCGGUCUUGGUGUUACUUAUCUUUUGCGCGUACAUUGGGAUGACGCCAUUCAGUCGAUCCAGGAGGGGCUGUGUAUGA